AUGUCUUGGGCGGAGGAUGCCGAGAUAGAGGAGUGGUGUACCUUGAUGUGGGCGUUGUGGCGUGAAAGAAAUGCCCAGCUCUUUAACGACAAGAAAGCCCCGGAGGAUGAAAUAGCACUUCGAUCACAUCUCUGGCUAGAAGAGUACCAGCGGCACCAAGUAAGCUUUGAGAACCCCGCCACGAAUGUUGAUCGAGAUCAAGAGAAGCGAUGGACUCGCCCCAAUAGAGGAUGCACUUCGGUUGCGACGGACGCGGCUACCAAACGGGGGAACAGGUCUCGGAGUGGUUAUCAGGGACGAUGA